AACUACAAGCUCCGACAUGCUCGGCGGAUCGCCAUUUGUAUGCUGCGAACGUCAACAUAACAAACGUACAGUAAAUGUCGCCGUGCGAACUUGUUGGAAGAGACCAAAACACGAAAUGUGGAAACGAUCAAUGCCUAAAACUAAAUAACUGACACCCGUUUCCUUUUCUUUUGAAAGAAAUCCCUCUUCCUGAAAGUAUAAAUUGUUUACAUAUUGAUGGAGUGACAACCAUGGAUUACGAUUUUAAAACGAAACUGGCAGCGGAGCGAGAGAAAGUAGAAGAUCUGUUUGAAUAUGAAGGUUGCAAAGUGGGUCGUGGGACCUAUGGUCAUGUUUAUAAAGCAAAGAGAAAAGAUGGGAAUGAGGAGAAAGAGUAUGCUCUUAAACAGAUUGAAGGAACUGGAAUUUCCAUGUCUGCCUGCAGAGAGAUUGCGUUGCUGCGAGAGUUGAAGCAUCCCAACGUGAUUGCCUUGCAGAAGGUAUUUCUUUCACACAGCGACAGAAAAGUAUGGCUCCUGUUUGAUUAUGCAGAACAUGAUUUAUGGCAUAUUAUCAAGUUCCAUCGUGCCUCAAAAGCAAAUAAGAAACCAGUGCAGCUGCCUAGGGGAAUGGUUAAAUCACUGCUUUAUCAAAUACUUGAUGGAAUUCAUUAUCUACAUACUAACUGGGUUCUUCACAGAGACUUGAAACCAGCAAAUAUCCUUGUAAUGGGUGAAGGGGCAGAACGAGGGCGUGUGAAAAUAGCUGAUAUGGGCUUUGCAAGACUGUUUAAUUCUCCACUAAAGCCUUUGGCUGAUUUGGAUCCAGUGGUGGUAACAUUUUGGUAUCGUGCACCAGAGUUAUUGCUGGGAGCCAGGCAUUACACAAAGGCAAUUGAUAUUUGGGCAAUUGGGUGCAUUUUUGCAGAACUUUUAACAUCAGAACCCAUCUUUCAUUGUCGCCAGGAAGAUAUCAAAACAAGUAACCCUUUUCAUCAUGAUCAGUUGGAUCGUAUUUUCAGUGUUAUGGGAUUUCCUGCUGAUAAAGAUUGGGAAGAUAUCCGCAAAAUGCCGGAAUACCCAACUCUGCAGAAAGACUUUAGGAGAACAACCUAUGCGAACAGCAGCCUCAAUAAGUAUAUGGAAAAACAUAAAGUCAAGCCUGACAGUAAAGUAUUUCUCCUGCUACAAAAGCUCCUGACUAUGGAUCCAACAAAGAGAAUUACAUCUGAACAGGCUCUUCAGGACCCCUACUUCUUAGAAGAACCUUUGCCAACUACAGAUGUAUUUGCAGGUUGUCAGAUUCCAUAUCCAAAGCGAGAGUUUCUAAACGAAGAUGAACCAGAAGAGAAAGGUGAUAAGCAGAAUCCGCAGCAAACUCAGCAACACCAGCAGACAACACAACCGAAUCAGCAACAACAGCAGACCACACAGCAACAAAACAGCACGCAAACCAAUGGGACAGCAGCUGGGGGAGGAGGUGGUGGAGGAGGAACUGGAGGAGGCUUGCAGCAUAACCAGGACAGUGGUCUCAAUCAGGGACCUCCAAACAAGAAGCCUCGUAUAGGUACAUCAGCCACAACUUCUGGUGGAUCUGCCGUGACUGCUGAUUACCAGCAUGCUGGUACCCGCCUGAGUUACCAAAGCAAUGUUCAGGGUUCUUCCCAGUCCCAGAACAACACUGGGUAUGCUUCUUCAACUCAGCAGAGCUCUCAGUAUUCACAUCAGACACACAGGUACUGAUUAGCACUGCUGGCAGAAAUAACUUCAAAGGAACACCUUCAGCAAUAUUAUGGUAAAAGGUUCCUGAAGGAAGAGUCCAAUGAACUUGAUGAUGCACGUACAUUUUCUUGUAUUCAGUAGUAUAAACUUGCAUUAUUCAGUGAAGAUUAUGAGAAAAAAAUUAUUAAUGAAAUAAUGUUCUGACAGUCUGGAAUUCUCAAUUAUCAACAACUGCACUGGGAAGCUACCGAUCAUGGUCAUUUUGGUGAAGUUAUGUGUAAAUAUCUUUUGAAAAGCAAGAAGAUUAAUUUGAGCACGACACUUGAGUUCCUUUACAAGGAGCAGGUGAAAUGUGUUCACUUUGUAUUUAAAACAGUUUUUUGAUGCUUUCACAAGGCUUUCGUGUUGCUUCUCCUAAACCUACAUGUAGGAAUUCAACUUCUUAAGCUUAUUGUGAAAAAAUAUUUAAAUACAUAUACACAUCAUGUUUAGGUACAUUAUUAAUCUCUUAGCUCUUUAAGCACUAUAUGAUUUUGUGUAGAUAGUGGUUUUGAUUUAUUUUUUAAACCUGUACUUUGAAGUAUUUUUCCCAUUUUGCUAUAUAUUUUAGUAUGUUCAGCAGAAAUACAAUUUUCUUUUUUUUGUCCUGCUUUGAUGUUUAAAUUUCAGUAACUCAGGUGUAAAAACAGGUCUUAAUAGCAGUAGCAGCAAGUGUGAAAAUAAUUUUUCUGUUUUGUUGUAGCAGUGUAGAGGCCAGCGUCCAUAUCAGGCCUCAGCUUUUCUCCGGGAAAGUUAGCUGCUUAUUGUAUUGUGCUUUAAUGGACCCCCAUGUUUUGCAGAGCAAAUUUCCAGCAUUGAGCUUCACUCACUUGCCAUAUGUGGGUGUAUAGGGAAGUGUGUUUGAUGUCAGCACUAAUAGAUUUAUAUCCCUGAUCCAGGAGAUAAAAAUUGUGGAAACCACAAAUCAGAUGCACCAACCUAAGUGCCUGAAUUGCCAGUAAGCGUUUUCGUAAGCUAAGUCUGCACGACUGGAGCUCAGAUUAUAAAAUGUAAUAAUGCAUCUCUACAUCUUCUAAACAUUCAUCCCAGUCUUCCUUAUUUUCAUAGCAAUGUGCCCUAUCAUUUUGAGCCUCCAGCUAGCCAGUUUCUCAGGGAGCCUUCAAUUUUUAUUCAUCUCUCUUUCUGCCAAACGUAUACUUCCAUAGACUUUGUAUGACAUACAGCGUGACACUUUUACAGCUCAGGGCGUCAGAGUUUAUUUCUGACGUCUUCUGUAAGGAUUCUGUACAUCCUCCCAUAGUCCAAAGAUAUGCCAGUUAGUAGGCUGAUAGUGGUUGCAAAUCGUCCCGUGAUUAGGCGAGGGUUAAAUGGUGGCAAGGCUGGAAGGGCUGGAUGGGCUGAUUUCAUGUUGUAUUUCAGUAAAUAAAAUAGAUGAGUACAGACUUUUAUGGUUCUGCAGGAACUGUGGCUGACACUAUUGUUAGCCAUUUCUCACAGAAGUUAAUUGUCUGAUCUUGUUACAAUUCUAUAAACAAAUUGACACUAUUGGCAGAAUAAAACACAACUUGAAACAUAUAAAAUCUGUUUUAUUCUUAAAACAUUAUAUUUAUUUUCAUCUUCCAGCCAUUAUGAUUUCUAGCACUUGUUGUGUAAAAUAUUGACUUGUUAAAAACAUCAACCUGCAGUAUAAUGCAAUUUAUCUGUCAUGUCAAGGCAUUUUAAAAUACACCAACUCUAAAAUUGCUCUCCCAUUACUCUGUAAGACGUACUGCCUUCCAUAGCUCUGCUCAUAUGCUGAAGCUAACUAUUUCCAAACCCUUUAAGCUUGGUAUAUAACAAAAUACCAUUACCAAUACACUGUCCUCAUUAUUUGUGAGGGAUAUGGGGACAAAUAACAAAAACGUGCAGGUACCACUAAAGCCACUGACUGUGACACUAAAAGUUAUGCAGUCAAUCCCUCCAUGGGUAUAGUAACCACAAAAGUUUGUUUGUGAAGUCAAGCUAAAGUAUAUAAACACUCUGGAGUCUGACUGCUGCUACAAAUACACCCUUGUUCUGAUCCCAUUGUUCCCAGUCACUCCCCUGACUUUGGCUACACACUGACUAUUAAAAUUUCACAUAUAGUCUAAAAGCACAAUAGUGCUAGAAAUAGGGUUGUUUGCCAAGCCUGGAGGUUAGGUCACAAACAUUUCAUCACCAGUCAAUCAGUGCGCAUUGGAGUAUUGUUUCUGCCAAGUGCUUGUGUUUAUUUGGGUCCAGUUCACUGUUCUGACUAGUUGUCUGUCGUACUGGGCGCUAGUCUCUGCUAGGUCCAGGGAUACAGGCCAACAGAAAUCACUCAGCGAUCUGACUGGUCAGGACCCAGCGGAAACUAGCGACCCUCGUGACAGCCAACCAAUCAGAACAAUGAAUUGGACCAAUAUAAGUGCGAGCACUCGGCAGAAACAACACUCAAUUGCACAGUGAUGAUAUCACUUUGGUGAUACAACAUUUGCAACCUAACCUCGAGGCUCAGUGUACAACCCUACCUACAUGGAAGAUCUUUCAUCAGAAUUAGGAAGGACAGGAAAGAAGCAUGUUAGUUGUGGGGAGUGUGGGAGAGAGCAUGAAUCUGAUGGGGUAAAAUCAGGGUGAACACAGAAAUUGGCUAUAAACAAGGUUAUUUAGUCAGUGAGUGACUGGGAGUAGUUAGUGAGUAAAACAUAGAUUAAAGAAUAGUAUGUGAGAGUUGGAAAGUGCAGAAUAUGAAUUCAGACUAUGCACAUUCUCCCUUGUUAAUAUCACAGAUGGAUGACAGAUGCAGAGCGAGAAAUCAAAUUAUCCAAAGAUGUGUAUUUCAGUAUUGAAUCCAGUAAGCUGCAACGUGCCAGGUAGAAGAUGUGGUGAUAAUUUCCAAGCUUCCACUGGCCGUCACCUUGUCAGUUCAGGAGGCCAUAGAUCGGUCAGAGUGGGUGUGAGAUGAGGAAUUAAAGUAGCUGGUAACAGGAAGCACAGAGUUGCUCCCGUGGACUGAAGCAGUCACUCAAUUUCUGUUUGGUUUCUCCAGUGUUAGAAAAUACUGCAUUGUGAUUACUGAAUGCAGUACACUAAAUUGGAAGAAGUGCGAAUGAAUUGCUGCUUCUUUUCAGGUGAUCUCUGAACAGUGGAAAGGAAGGAGGUGAAUAGACAAAUUGUUGAUUCCCUGAGGUUGUAAAGAAAGUGCCAUACAAAGAUGGCUGGUUGGUCGGAACAGAAGGGUGGACCAGGGGAUCAUAAUAGGAACAGUGCCUGUGAAAUGCUGAAAAGGGAGGAGAUGGGAGGAUAUGUCAAGUGGUGGAAUCUGUUCGAAGAUGGUGGAAACUGCAAAGAAUGAUCUGUUGAAUGUGAAGACUAGUGGGAUAGAAGUUGAGGACCUGAGGAAAUCAUCUCUUUUUCUGUCAUAGACGAGACAGGUAAAGAGCAGAGGCUCAGAAAUUGAAUAAUAUUUCACUCCUUACAAUCAUAAGGUAUGAAAUGGCAAAUAAGAUUCAGCAAACACUACAGGAGAGGGCUUUGAAAAGUGUGCAUAAUUAUCAACAAUCAAGAAAUACAUAGUUGAUCUAGUCAGAGCACAGGUCUUUGAAUAAUAGUCAGCAUAUAAUGAGGACUUAGUAUAUAGCUAAAGGUCUCAGGGAAUUUCAUAGAUGUGUUAUACUAGAGGAGAGACUGAAGCAAGUAAUCAAAAGUUUGGUGAAAAUAGUAUAUUUUAAGGGGCUUCUUAAAGAAAUAAUGAGAAAUGGAGGAGCAGAGGGAUUUAGGGAGGAAAUUCCGGAAUCCAGGGUCUCAGUACAACAAUCAGAGUAUUUCAGGAAGAUUUAAAAUCCAGGAAUCAUUUCAGGAAGAUUUAGAAUCCAGAAUUAGAGAAACUCAAAUAUCAAAGUGAACAUUACAAAGCUGAUUUUUACAGUAAUGGAAGUGGGUAAAAGACAUUUUGAAAGUAAAGUAUGAAUUUAAAAAUCAAGCUUUUGCUUAAUUGGGAAGCAGCAUGUAAGGAAUGAGACUGUGAUCAGAGUUGUGGUAAGUCCCAACUAUAUAGCGAUUACAACAAAGAAGUUCAGCCAAGACCUAGGCAAGCCUAUGGAUGAUGCAAGGGUUUUAGCAGCAGAUGAGAUUGUGAUAUUAUAGCCAUUAUGGAAACAUUGUUGAGGGAUGAGACAGGAACAGCAGCUCAAUGUUCUGGGUUGCCGGUGCUUUUAGUGUAACAGGUGGAGAUAAGAGAAGGAGACUCGUUGAUGAGGCAGUAGUCAGAGAAGGUAUCAGGGGUGCAACAUCUGGUGAAGUAAUAUGGGUAGAAUUUGGGAAUAAAAAAGGGAGAUAAUCAGAUUAUAUUAUAGGUUUCACCCCUCCCCCCGCACAAUAGUUAACAGGAAUUAGUGGAGCAUAUACUGUAUGUAGAUAAAUCACAGGUGCAAGAAUAAUUGUAUUAACAGGUGCUUUUAACUUCCAUAAUAUUGACUGGGAUCGCCACAAGUGUUAGGGGAUUAGAUGGGGCAGUAUUUGUUAAGUGUGUGUAAGGGGGUUUUCUGAAGAUGUAGAUGGCCACACUAGGGAAGGUGCUCAUACAUCUUCUCUGAGGAAUUGAUGCCGCAUAGGUGGUUGAUUUGCCAAUGGUAGAGCACUUUGGGACCAAUGGCAAUAGUUCUGUUAGAUUAAAGAUGGCCAUGGAAAAACACAGAUCCUUAAGUUAAAGUCCUAAAUUGAGAGAAGGCAAAUUUUGAUGGCAUUGGAUGGGAACUCUCAAAAGUUCAUUGGGUGAGGCUGUUUGCAGGUAAAAGGGAUGUCCAGCAGAUGGGAAGAUUAUAGAUUUGAGAUAGGAAGUGUUCAGGGCCGAUAUGUUCCCAUUACAGCAAAGGGCAAGACUGGCAGAAUUAGGGAACCUUCGUUGAUGAGGGAUAUUGACUAAACAAGUACCUUGAGGAAUACAAAGAAUGCAGCAGCAGAGUUAGGAAGGAAAUAAGAUGGGCAGAAAGGAGCCAUACAAUAUCACUGGUUAAUAUAAUAAAGGGAAAUCCUUAAAGAAAGUGAGUUUAAGGGUAGCUUGGGAAAGAGUAGGUCUCCUUAAGGAUAAGUAUGGCAAUCUGUGUGUGGGGCCACCUAAAAUAGGCACGGUUUUAAUUGAAAACUUCUCUGUUUUGAUAUACCAUGCAGAAGGACAUGGAACCUAGUGAAUUGGGGGAGGGAACAAUGAUAUCCUGAAGCAUAAAAUCAUUACGAAGGAGAAGGUUUUGGAGGUUUUGAAAUGCAUAAAGAUGUAAAAACCCCCGGGAUAUAAACAGGUGUGUUUUAGGAUGUUAUGGGAAACAAGGAAUAAGAUUGCUGGGACCUUGACAGAGAUUUUUGUACGUUUGAUCACCACCCGUAAGAUACUGGGACACGGGAGGAUGGCUAAUGUUGAGAUUUUAUUUAAGUAGGGAAGUGGGGAUACAGCAGGAACUAUAGGUCAGAGAUCCUUACAUUGGUGGUGGGAAAGUUAUUGGAAGGAAUUCUGAGAGACAAGAUAUGUUUGCAUUUGUAAACAUAAGAACUGAUUUAUGCAUAGCUUUGUGCAGGAAAAAUGAUACUCAAUGGUUUUUUUGAAAAGUUGACCAAGAGGAUUGAUGAGGGCUGAAGAAUAGACAUUAUUUAAUUCUAGAUGGACUUUAACAAGGCCUUAGAAAAGAUCCUGCAUGGUGGACUUGUCCAGAAUGUUGGAACAUUGGAAUUAGGAUGAGCUAGUCAAAUGGAUACAAAAUUGGCUUGGUGGUAGGGGGCAGAAGGUGGUUGUUGAGAGCUGUUUUUAAGAUUGGAUACCUAUGAUCAGUAGUGGCCAGAGGGAUCAAUGUUGUUCAUCAUGUAUAUGUUAAUGAUUUGGAUAAGAAUGUAGGCAUCAUAAUUAGUAAGUCUGCACAUGAAACUAAUAUUGGUGAUAUAGUGGACAUUGAGUUACAUACUGAUCAACUAGAAAAGACCAUUAAGGCUUAGGAGCAGAAAUAGGCUAUUCAGCCCAUCAAGUAUGCUCCUCCAUUCCAUCAUGGCUAAUUAUUUAUCCCUUUCAAUUUCAUUCUUCCACCUUCUACCUGUGCCCUUCUUAAUCAAGAACUUAUCAACCUCGGCUUUAAAUAUACCCAAUGACUUGGCCUCUGCUGCCAUUUGGAGUAAUGAAUUCUGCAGGUUCUCCACUCUUUAGCUGAAGAAAUUCCUCAUAUUCUCUGUUCUAAAAGUAUGCCCCUCUAUUCUGAGGCUACGACCUCUGGUCCUAGAUUGGACCACAAUAGGAACAUCCUCACCUCAUCCAUUCUAUCUAGGGCUUUCAAUAUCCGAUAGGUUUCAAUGAGAUCCUUUCUCAUUGAGUACAGGCCCAGAGCCAUCAAACACUCUAUAUACGUUAAUCCUUUCAGUCCCAGGAUCAUUCUGUGAACUUUGUCUGGACCCUCUCAAAUGCAAGCUCAUCCUUUCUUAGAUAAGGGGUGCAAAAUUGCUCUCAAUAUUCCAAGUGCAAUCUGAUCAAUGCCUUAUAAAGCCUCAGCAUUACAUCCUUGCUUUUAUAUUCUAUUUCUUUCAAAAUGAAUGCUAUCAUUGCUUUUGCCUUCUUUAUACUGACUCAACGUGUAAGUUAAACUUUCAGGAAUCUUACACAAGGACUUCCAAGUCCCCUUGCACCUCUGAGUUCUGAAUUUUCUACCCCUUUAGAAAAUAGUCUGCACCUUUAUUCCUACAACGUAUUUGCCUUUUCUCCCAAUCUGCCCAAAUCCUUCUUUAGGCUCCUACUUUCUCAACACUACCUGCCCCUCUACCUAUCUUCGGGCAAGAAGUGAGUAAAGGAGUACAAUAUUACAGUUUAAAAUUUAGGUUGGGCAGCAUGUGGAUUACUGUAUGUGGUUCUGGCAGGUAUAAUGUGAGUUAGCUAAGAUGGUACAGAGAAGAUUCUCAAGAAGGUUGUCUGAAUUGGGGGGGCUUAAGCUAUAAAGAGAGGUUGGAUAGAUUAGGUCUAUUUUCCCUAGAGCAAAGGAGGCUUGAAAGGUGACAUAAGAAUAUAUAAGAUUAUGAAAGCCAGAUGCAGGAUAGAGAGCCAGAGUUUUUUUCCUGUGGUACAGAUGUCCAAGAUUAUGGGGAUAAAGUGAGAGGAGGUUUAAAGAGGAUCUCAGGGGUAGUUUUUUCCCCCACAGAGUAAUUGGUAGCUGGCUGAGCUGCCAGAGCAAGUGGUGGAGGCAAAAACAGUAACAACAUGUAAGAGGCACAGGAACAGUUACUUGGAUUAACAGGUCAGGGAAGGAUGUGGAAUUAAUGCAGGCACGUGGGAUUAUUAGAGACAGGAAUGAUGUUAGCAUAGACAAAAGGCUUAUUUGUGUGCUCUACAGCUCUAUGAGGCAAUGAACUGAGCCCAGCGCAGAGCUGGCAGCAUUAUGGUGGUGGAAACAGGCAAAGUGAGUGAAGGCACAAGCAUAUGAUUGAAGUUCAUUCCAGAGUGAAAGUAGACCAAGGCUACAAGGAGUCUGGUUCAUUUUCAGAUAGUUGUCAAGAGUUGUGGAAGUUAACAGCAAGGGAGUCUAAUGGGGCUAAAACGUAAGUCCUUCCUGUAAUUAGCUGGAGAAAAUCUCUGUUUUUCAGUAACGGAUUCUGUGAAUAAGUCUUACACUUCAGAGACAGCAAUGUUUUCAAGAUUUGAUUGUAUUCCGCUUACAUGUAAAAUUUGUUUUGGCUUUUUAAAACAAGAUGUUACCAAGAGGUGUACAAGUAGAUGAAAACUCUCUGAAAGCCAAGAGUAGAGCCAGCAAGAAAAAUAGUGUAGGUCUGUGAAGAGAAGCCAUUGCUGGUGAGAUUCUGGCUAUGACUGGAUAGAUAAAAAUGAACCUCGCAAAUGUGGUCCCAGCUGGAAAUGGAGAACAGUGUAAACAACCAAGUAAAGGCUUGAGAAAGAAAGGAAAAGAGGAGCGAGAGAUUACCUUGUCACAUCACAUGGGACUUUCUUAUGGUGGUUUUAAUUAGAAAUGUCUUGGUGCUGUGUCAGGGUGCAAACCAGACUGGACAAUAGACAAUAGACAAUAGGUGCAGAAGUAGACCAUUCGGCCCUUCGAACCUGCACCGCCAUUUUGAGAUCAUGGCUGAUCAAUUACUAUCAAUAUCCUGUUCCUGCCUUGUCCCCAUAUCCCUUGAUUUCCCCUAUCCGUAAGGUACCUAUCUAGCUCCUUCUUGAAAGCAUCCAGAGAAUUGGCCUCCACUACCUUCCGAGGCAGUGCAUUCCAGACCCCCACAACUCUCUGGGAGAAGAAAUUUUUCCUUAACUCUGUCCUAAAUGCCUACCCCUUAUUCUCAAACCAUGCCCUCUGGUACUGGACUCUCCCAGCAUCUGGAACAUACUUCCUGCCUCUAUCUUGUCCAAUCCCUUAAUAAUCUUAUAUGUUUCAAUCAGAUCCCCUCUCAAUCUCCUUAAUUCCAGUGUGUACAAGCCCAGUCUCUCAAACCUUUCUGCGUAAGACAGUCCAGACAUCCCAGGAAUUAACCUCGUGAAUCUACGCUGCAUUUCCUCUACAGCCAGGAUGUCCUUCCUUAACCCUGGAGACACUUACAGAUCUCCAUAAAACCGAUACAGUUGACCUUUUUCUAUUCGGUGUCCGUUUAUGAAGCUACAGAUAAGCAUAAAUUAAUUUAAAACAGCCAGAAUUACAAUUAUUUACCUAAAUCUAAAAAUAAAGAGAGAUGAUAGGUUGAAGUAGUUAUAGAAAUGUAUCCAUGUGUUAGCUAGUGUGGAAUGGCGUCUUAAUAAGAAAUAGAUUAAAUUGUCAAUAACAUUGUCAAUAACCUGCAUUAAUUUUAAUAGCCAUACUUUUUACUAAGUAAAAUCUUCCUUUCACCUCCAUUGGUGAUAAUAAUGACUUAAAGUCUACAUUGUGUAUUUCUUAGAAUUAUUACAGCACAUUAAUCAGACCUUGUUAUUUCAGCCACUAACAACGUUACUAAGUUCAUGUUAGCAAAAUAUAAUGGAAAUUAAUUAGUAUUCCAAGAUAAUUAACAAAUAAGAUUUUUGUUUCUUGCCCUGUUGACUUAUUAGUUUUUAUGAAAUGUCAUGAGGUUGUAAGUGAUAUUAACCGAUUCUCUUUUGCCAAAUUCCGGUGUGCCAAUGCCACCAAUUCCAUUCUGAAUGGCAGUCCAGAAAUGCUGGAGCAUAAGAUGACUUGGAACUUCAAUAUUAGUUCCUCUGCAAGAUUAAAUUAGUUUUCCACAGAUCCUUCUGACACAAAAUGUGUGAACCUUUGCAAGAAUUUGUAUUGUUUAGCAAAUUGUGUAACUAGUAAACUUCAUCAAUCUUAUGGUAAGUUUACAAUAACAUUUUGUGAAGAGAUUUAAUGAUAGUGUAACACUAUUACAUUGCCAGUGACACGUGUUCAUUUGCCACUGCUGCCUGUGAGGAGUUUUACGUUCUCCCCAUGACAGCAUAAGUUUCCUCCUUCCAUAUUCCAAACACAUAUGGGUUAGUAGGUUAAUGGGUCAUAUGGGCAUAACUGUGUAGUGCAGGCUCAUUGGGCUGGAAGGGCCUGUUAUCAUUCUGUAUCUCUAAAUAACAUAAAAUAAUGAUAUUAUUCAAUGUGCCGUACAAUUUAAGUGGCCCUUUGAAUCAUCUGAUGUGUCUUAACAAUUAAAUAAUCACACUUCAGAUAAUAACAACUUUAACUUUAUACUUCUCAGGAUAUUCAAAAGCAUAUGCAAAUUAUUAUAGCAUAUUAGAUGAAGAAUAUGGAAAAUCUUCAUUCAUGUGUUGUCUGACUAGGCACUGAUAUAGAAAUAAUUGAUAAUAAAAUGCAGUAGUUAGUUUGACACAUGGAAUUGCUUUGCAAUAUCAUUUAUUUCAUACAAACUCCAGUAAAGUCCCAAAAUUAACAUUACUACAAAUCUAAAUAAUCUAACAUUUGCUAAGUUAUCAUUCAUGUAGGUUGCAUUGAAAAUUUACCUUUAGCUUAUUCAUCUUUUGGGAUCUGGGUGUUGUUGCCAUUGUCAGUAUUUUAUUGCUCAUUAUUCAUUGUCCUUGAAUAUUGAUUAUCAUUGUAGUAACGAGCAAUUAUUGUUGUACUUGUUACCAUAGAGAGAUCUCCAGACUGGGGAAAGCUGUGCAGGCAAAUAGAGGGCAAGACAUAGCUUCCAUCAUAGAUGGCAGGAAAUAGGAUCCAAACCCUUCAACAUAUGGAGCAGCUGCUGCUGGUCCCCUACAAUGACCCUGAGCCCCACACAGUAAGUGGCCACAUCACUCACUCCAACAUGACCAACGCUAGUUCUCCUAGGCAGAGUCUCCAAGCUCACUUAUAGGAUGAUUCAUUGCAGAUUACAGCAGGCAAGAACAGCCAAGCGCAGGGCAUCUCACCAGGUUCACGAAAUCCAGGUUUCAGCAUUGCAGCACACAGUAAAAACAAGGGUAGGGAUUCACGCCAGAAAUGGCCCACUCCAAAUAGUAUAAGUUGACCAGAGCGACAAACACAUGAUGUUCUUUCUUCUUCAGCAAUUCGCAUCCAGAGGUUUGGAAGUAGUAGCACUAGCACUGAGAUUGGAUUAGAAUAUUAGGUAUAGCGUAAUGAGGUCAUUCAGCUUCCUGUGCCUGCAUUGCCACUCGCUAAGAUUAUUGCUGGUAUUUUACCUCAGCGUUACUUUCCUGCACUAUCACUAAUCCAUAGUACCUAAGAAUCUGGAGCUGGUGAAUCUGUGAUUACUGGUAGAAGCAACCCAAGAACCAGAAACACUGUCCUACCCCAGUUCCUAGGGGAGUCUGAAAUUUGCACCAAAAUGGAGCUAAGGAAGGCUCCUUUUAGGUGAAUUUUAACAACGUUCAUAGUUUUGUUGGAUACGGAAGACAGAUACAAUUUUAUUUCUAUCCCAGAGAUGUUAUCUCCAAAAGCAUGAUCCCUUUAAUGAAUCAGAACAUAUCUAGGUGAUUUACGAGGGCUAAAUGAAGCCAGGAUUGAGAUAAUGAGAUAUGAGAUAUUGUUACAGGCAACCAAAUGCUUGGUUGAGGAGGCAGGAUUAAAAGAACAUGCUGAAAGAGAAAAGGAUGGUAGAGAAGCGCAGGGAAGGAAUUCUGGAACCUUGCAGACUGAAGCUACUGAUGAUGCAACCAUUACAUUUAAUAAUAGUCAAAGGGGAUUACCAAUAUGGAGAAGAUUGUGGAGAUCAGUUGAGACAAAGUUACAUAGAAAUUUGAAAAUAAGAAUGAUAAUUUCAAAACCAAGGCUCCCAGAAGCACAAGGUGAUGGGAGAGUGGGACUUGGAGCACAAAUGAUAGAAACAAGACUUCAACGAGGAGAGAAUCUUAUCUCACCUUACGGUAAAAUAUCUGCCAAGAUUGUGAACAUUCCAGUUUGAUUUCAGAUGGUUGUCAGGGAGGGGAAUGAAGGUAAAGACCUGGAACAAUCUGUGACAGGAACUGAAGAAUAUAGCAGGGUUGAAUGUUCUAUUUCUGUAUUCCUUGUGUCAUAAACCACAUGAGGAACAUUAGUCAAAAGCCCAAGCCAUUCUGUUUAAGCCGACUUUAUAGGAAUUGAAAGUAAGCCAAAUUGUGCUUCUUCAAAGCAAGUUAUAUAAACCAGUCAAUUCCACCAGGACCCAGGUGCCCAACAAAGUUAAUUUAGAUUUUGGAUCCAAUGAGGAUAUAUCAGGGUAAUUUUAAAUGUUUCUUGAUCACAUUUUCUACCAAGUUAACCAAUAAAAUAUAUGAAAUACCAUCCAAUAACAGUGUCAAAAGUGUUGGCACUGAGAUGCAUGGCAAUGCUGUAACAUGUAGCAGAUGUUGUUAUGCUAUAUUGGCUUAAGAUGUUACGGUAGAGUUGUAUGAUCUGUGUGUGACUCAGCUGAAAUCUUCAAGACUGAGAUCAACAGAUUUCUGUUGAAAUAUGUAGUCAUUGCAGGUGAUGGACAAGCUUCAGAUCAACCAGGGAUUAAUGGAAUAAUGGAACAGAUUUCAAUGAUGUAUAGUUCUGUUAUAUAUGCAAUGAAAGCACUUUGGAUACAGAAGCAAAGUUUGCUCAAAAAGACACUGAACAGUGAAGUAAAAUGUGGUGGCAUGAUGCAGAACUCUUUAAUACAUGAAAUAGCAAGUGGUGUUUCUUUUCAAUAGAAGAUCUCUCCAGUCCUGUAUCCAUAUCUGAAUUUUGCUUUACCUUGCAUCCACACAAAGUCAAAUAACAAUUGAUUUUACAGUCAAUUUACUAAUAGAUCUGAGUGUAAUUGUCUAACUGGUUUCUGUUAUUAGUUCACUCACAACAUGUUAGUGUUGUUGAACGUUCGAGCACUUUGCAGUACUGACUGGAAAGAAAAUAUUAUUUUGUUGUUUGUUCCUUAUUUAAACCUCUCAAUACAAUACUUGGAGUGUUAUCAUACCUUGUAGCAUUGUCAGUUCCCUAUUUGCACUAGAAUGGGAGUGCUCAGAGCACUAAAUUGCAACAAACUUCUCAUGAAUGAUGAAACUCUCUGCUAAUGACUUUUUUUAUUUAAAGUUACAAGGAAUAGCCUUUUGUAUGACUCCUUCCACUCUUUUCCUCACAAGAUUUGCAUCCUAGACUCUGCUGGUGCUGUGCACAAGUACGAAAAAGACUAAAAUUGCUCAGGGACUAGUUGGGUCCUUAAACAAAUCAACAUUUGCACUGGUGUUAAAAAAGCAGAAAUAUUCCCAGAUUCCCAUAACAUUUCCUUGAGUGAAUGAACAUAAGGUGCUGGGCACUGCUGAUCAUUCACACACAAAAAGAGGUUUUACUGUUUCUUAGUGAUAGCAUCAUUGUGGUUUCAAAUGUGUUUUAGAACAAUGAACUGCUUAUUGUCUGUAAUAUCCUGUUCCUUUAAUGUUUACAACAUGUAAGUGCACCAGUGUGGUGCAAAAUCAUAGUGUAAUGCUUUAAAAAUAGUAAUUGCAGCUCAGAUUUCAAUUGUAUAUUAAUGUACUUCCUAGAUAGUUUUCCACUAGGUUUUGAGAGUAGUGAUCCUACAUUAAAUAGAACUAUUCAGCAGAUAUGCCAGCCUAUUCAAGCUCAACCAUCUAUCAAACAACCCAUUAGAGAUUUAGCUGCACACUAAACAGAUUUCCACAAGUCUUGUUUUCAUCCUUUACCUCAGCAGUAGGGUAUCUAUAAGUAACUGGAUCAGUAAAGGCUUUCAGAAAGAAGGCUAUGUUUAAAUUUUACUUGUAUUUGUAAAAAAAAGGUUUAAAAACAUGUUAAAUCUGUAUCAUUUUAAAAUAGUAGUGUUUGUAUUUAGGCAGCAGAGUAGAAACAUCAUCUGUAGAUAAAUUCCCUAAGGUAUAUUUUAUAGAUAGAACAAGCACUACUUAUAAAGGCAAACAUUCCUGAAUGAAUUGCCUGAGACAAUUUUUAAAAUGUUAAUUUGUUUGUAGAUUAUUAAAACAUUCUGUGUAUAUUCUACAAUAUUUAUACUAAUCUAUAUAAUAAAGGAAUUCACUGUAGGCUUAGUUUUACCUGAAGCACUUCAAUAUCUUAUGGAUAAAUUAUUCCAAUAUAUUUAACUUUUUAACAGUUACUGUCUUCUUAGACUCUAAAGGAACAAGUGUCAUAUAUUGGAUUCACAGGAAUGAUCAAUUUUAUCACCAUCAAAUUUACCAUUUAAUUACAAGUUACUAUUUGAAUCUGCACAAUAUUCCCAGUUUUCCUUUGGGAAGGUUACAUUAAUAUCACAUUUCCUUUUUAUGUGUGAACUGAUAGAUAUGAAUAAUCACUUAAUUUCACUACUGUAUAAUGUAUCAGAUGUGUGGGCUUCUGAAGAAAUGUUUCUGUGAGUUCAUAGCUUUCAUCAACAUUUCAAAAAUGCCAGUGGGCAUCACUGGAAUUAAAAAUCAUAACUAAUUGCUUUAACCACAAAAAUGUACAAAAAAACUUUGGAGAUUACAAAAAGACUGUUAUAAUUAACUUGCAAAUAAUUUCUGUGAAUUUAUUUUCUAUUUUCAAUUGUAAUAAAAGCUUUGCUUGCUUCAUUCUCUAA